AUGCUUGCUCAGAGGCCAUCAGCGACGCCACCCGUUCCUGAUGACGCUGUUGGUGUUGACACCUCGGGUGGCGUGCGCUUCGUCGCCGUUCCUGGCAGCGGUCUUGAAGAGACCUUUCCCCGGCCCAGCGUCAAAACUGUGGGUGGCACAGCAUUGCCUGCCUCUGCGAGCCCAAGCACUCUGUCACCUCCUCUGGUCAGCAAUUUUGGUGGAGUGGAAGAUGGGGGUGUUGCAAGGGCGACGAGUGCAGCUGCUUCCACACAAGCCCCAGAGCUGAAGAUGUCCGACUGGGUCAACGCAAGGAGAAGGCGCGCGAGGACGGCGUCGUCCAACACGAUCGGGCGCAGCCACAGCACCAGCUUCAGCCGCGGCAAGACUCCGGCCGCCGCCUCGUCUUCCGCGUCCGCUUCAACAACAGCAGUGGCGCUACCACCGCCAGCGUGGGAGCCCGAAGUAUUCCUGAACACGGGAGAAAACGCGGCCGCAGAAGCCGAGGCAGCUCAAACGUGGAGCAAGGAGGAUGAGAUGGCCCUGCGCGGGAGAAUCCGAGACACGAUUUCGAAGAUUGAAGAUUUGUCGGGAGGGUUGCAAGGUUCCGGCGGACAAGAGCGAGAGGGGGAUGGCGGGGGAGGAGGAGGAGCGGAGGCUCAAGGGAGAGGAAACGGACCGGGACCAAUCCUUGCUGGAGGGGGCAGGAAGAAAAGGAACAACCACAGAGGUGGUGCGGUGAACCAAGCGGGGGGGGGCGAGGGCAGCAUAAAAAAUCUACACGAGUCUUUGCACCUCUCGAUGGAGCUUGUUGCCACUGGCGAGAAGCACGCCUCUGCGAAUACCACAACCAUUGCAGACAUGUCCGAGUGGCUGUCUCACCUGGAGCAGAAGCAGCUCAUAAACAUCAGCCAGGAAGAGGCGAUGGAAGGAACCACCAUGGCAGGCGUCAUCCUCGACGAAGGUCUAGCGGUUGGAGAUUGUAUCCGUGACUACAGUGACCAGACAUCGUCAGCGUUCAAGCGACUGGCGUCCAUCUUCAAGACCGCUUGCGCUGAGACCGAGCGCGCAACCAAAGAGCUGGUCGCGAGGCUUACCGAAGAUCCUACAGCAGAAGAGGGGGCGGGGCCAAAGGAAGGCGGGGGAGGCGGGACGUGGGUGGGUGCAGGAAAGGAGGCCGGAUCAACUGCGGGGAACGUGCCGUCCGCGGAGUCGGUGAUCAAGGCCAAGAAAGUAGAGCGCAUCAAAAUCAUGCAGGAGAAACAACUGCAGGAGGCCGCCAAGACUAACGAAGAAGCCCAAGAGGUGAUCAACCAGCUUAAGGUCUCUCUCCGGCAGCUGGAGCAACGCUUCAAACAGACUGAAUCGAUGAACACGAUCGUCACGACGAAUCGGCGCAAGGACAACAUGAAGUGGAACGCCCUCGUGUUGGAGUACGAGAUGAAGAUUAACUACCUGGAGCGCGCUUUAGCGCAGGAGGAGAGCAAGCUAAGGAUCGCGGAGCAGGUGCACAGAGAGGAAGGCCUGGAGCUUCACUUGGAACUAGUUUCCAAGCAGAGGGGGAGUACGCGCGCGGGGACAAAGACCGCGGCCAUGCAGGAGGAGAUGGCGGCCCUCUGCUCCAAGCUGAGCGCGACAAACGCUCGCCUUGUCAUCGCGGAGAAUGCCAAGGCGAAGCUAGAGCAAGAGAUAGCCUCUGAAAAGGAGCACGAAAAGCAGCUCGUCGUAUGGAGGAAGCAGCUGGACGACCUGCGAGAGUCCAAAGAAGAGGAAGCGGGGAAGAGCGCGUUCGUGAUAAGCAGACUCAAGGCCGAUUUGGAAAUCGCACAUCAGAAGGGCAAAGCAGCCGGGGGAGACGAGCGAGUUUCGGCCGCGCAGGCCAAGCUGGACGCCCUCCGCGAGGAGCAGGAGAGAGCCACCGCCGAGGCCAAGUACGAAAAGGAGGCGGCAGAAGAGGUGCUGCAAGACGCGAUCAAAACGUACAAGGAGAAGCUUACAGAAGCCGCUCGGCUCAAGAAGCAGAGCGACGAGCGGAUCGCGGAGCUGGAGCCGGAGCUGGAGCGGCUGGCUGUCAGAUGCAAGGAACUCGUUCAGCAGAAGGACAUCACGAGCGAGGAACGCGCUCGGAUAGAGAAUGCUCUACGCCAGCAACACCGCUUGGCCGACGAACAGAGAGUGCAGGACACGGCAAAUCGGCUAGCAGCGCUAGAGCAGGAGCAACACAAUCUGCUGUCGAGAGUGCUCGAAGCCGAAGCUGAGGCCGACAGACAGCGGCGUGCUGUAGAAGACCUGGUGCUGGUGCUGGAGCAGGCCAUGAGUACCCAGGCAGCACUGAAGGCGGCGGCGGCAACGCAAAGGGCCGAGGAUGCUGUGAGGGAGUCGUCGCCCGAACCUGGUGUUGACACCACCGAGGCCGAAAAUGCCGCUCGGGAGAAGGCUGCCGGGCUUCAGGAGGAGCUCUCCAAGGCGAACAUCAGGGUCGAGGACUUGCAGCGGGACCUCACGAGGGCGGAGCAGAGCGCGAAAGAAGCAGCGCAUGAACAGAUUAGGGCUCGAGAGGCAGUAGAGCGGGCGGCGUUGGCCGAGGAACAAGCGCGAGCCGCGGCUGAAGCCGCCAAAGCCGCCGCAGCGAGCGGCCCAAGCGAGCACCAGCAGGACAUGUUCCAGGUGGAAGCGAUCCUCAAAGCAGAGGUCCGCGAUCUCGAGGAAAGGGUGCGGACGGCCGAGAGCGAGGCAGACCUGCUCCACCACGAUCUCAUGGACGCCGAGCAAAACAUUGAAGAGCUGGAGGAGGAAGUCGGGGCGCUGGCGGAAAGCAGGGCCAAAAUGAGGGUGGAAGUCCACGAGGCCCACUGUCAGAUUCAGCGUAUGACCGUGGAGAGGGCCUCCCUUCGACGGCAAGGAGUGGACACGACCAACUUGCUCUCCAAGACGGAGGCCCUGCUGCGAGAAGUGACAGGGUGCAUCGACCAAAAGGAGAAUAUGGCGACGUACACUAGGGUGGCAGAACUCCUCUCGGCCAUUCGAAAGCGCAAAAUCGACGAGAGGGCCGUCAAGAUGAACCGCGCGCGCGACCGCAUCGAGGCGGAGAACAGGGCCCGGAUCGAGAAGGCCCUGAACGCCUUGAGGCUCAGGUCCCAGGACAGCGUCGCCGGGCGCCUCGAGCGCGCCCCCGCGCACCUUCGCGGCAUCCUCGCCGUCUUUCUCGACCCCAGCUUCCAGAAGGCCUUCGUCGACUACACUAAGCGGUUUGCCCGCGGCGAGGUGGUCCUGCCCUCAGCCCUUCACAAACAAGCCACCUCUUCUGCAAACAUGUUCAUAUCGUCAUCGAAGGAGAGCGAAAAAACCGCCGGCGGCGGCGGUGGAAACCCCCCGCCGCGGCGGGCAAUUAGCCUCGACUACCCGGAGACGUGCCCGGGGCACGGGCCCACGACGCCCGCCGCGGCCGCGGCCGCGGCCUCGGUGCCCGCACUCGCGAAGGGCUUGGAAAGGCGCAGGCAAGUGAUGUUCGGGGACUUGCCGCCGACUAAGUCGGAGGCGAACAUGAUAGCCUCCGGAAAGCACCGAUCGUCUAUAGCGGCACCCGGCGGUCGGAACGCCGGUGGUAAAGGUGGUGGCGCCGUGGGACCUGAUGGUGUCGGUGUUCGGCGAAACCAGCAAACAGGGAAGAGGAAGUCGAGGAAUGGGCGGAAGCGGUCGGCAGAUGGAGGCAGCAAAAACCCGGGAACGCAAUGGCGCAGACACCGUGAAGGAUCAGACUUCAGCAUGACCCUCACCGCAGAGAGUGCUGUCGGUCGAUCUGCGAGGACCCCUUCCAAGGGGGGUGGUCAGGGGGGCGCCGCGCUGGUAACUGAACAAGGCUCAGAAACUGCGGCGACCGCACAAGCGGCGGCGGUAGCAACGGCAGCCGCUCUGGAAGAGAUCAACGUUCGGGUCGGGCAGUUGGAUGCUCAAAGGAAGGAUCUAGAGGGACGCGAGCGUCAGCUCCAAGAAGACCUGCGAUUUGAGGAAGACGCGCAGCGAGAGCUCGGAGCAAUGUCCGACGGGGUGGAAGCCGAGGCUGCCAAGAUUGAUAAACCAGGUCCCGAGAAAGACAGGCUAGAGGAGGAAUUGCGGGCAGCGAUCUCCAAGGUAGAGGCCGGCGCAGCCCGACUGGAAGAGCUGUCCCAGCUAUCCUCAGCGGCGACCGCAGCCAGAAAAGAGGCUGAAGAUGCCUAUGCUUCAGCAGUAGCAGAGGAAGCAGAGGCGGCGAGCGACGCGAAGGCCACGAUGUCGGUGGAGGGGGCGCUAGCAUCUGGUUCUACCAGCGCCCGGAGUGCAGGAAGCAGCGAUAGCACCACCCUCGCCGUGGCGACAGCGUCGCCGGAAAGAGCGGGCGAGACCCAUCCGUGCAGCACCGCUUCGUCGUCUGGGAUGCCCAAUCCUGCCGAAAUUGAGGCGACGAAGGAGCUGAAAGGGUUAAUGGAGGCCAAGUCCGAGGCCGCAAAGAAGCUGGCGGGGACAUCCCUUGAGUCCAUUCUCACGGCAGUGAAGUUGCUGAGGAAAAAGCGAACCGAGCUCAACAAGGAUGACCGAAAGGGCAUCGAGGCGAAUGAAGCUACGGAAAAGGCGCUGGAGCGUAACCUAGCCUCUGCCGACAUGGUGGAGGUCAGCGUGGCCCUCGCCGAAGCCGCUCUCCACAAGCGAGAGGGCGUCGCACUCCUCAAACACCACCAGAGGCGAAAACGGCAACAAGGUGACCAUCGCCGCCUCCGCAGCAAGGAAAACCUUGGCAACGUCUCCUCCCCACUGGGGAACACCCCCGCUGCCGUGGACACCGCAGACGAAGAGAUGGUCGACCGCUGCUGGAACGACGAGAAGGCGGCCGAAACCGAGCGCCGGCUAGCCAUCCUGUCGAAGAGCCUCGAAGCCAGCGACAUUCACGACCUCCAGGUCCUCCGGAAGUCGCUCCAGCGAGAGUUGGACGACGUGGGGAGCGCGCUGCGGGAGUCCAAGCCCAGUCGCUCCCGAGUUGAGACUACUUCCGCUGGCGAGGGAGAAGGAUACACGUAUUCUUCAACAGCCGGGGAAGAACCGGCGGCGGCCGAAACUACCGACGAGGAUGAGCGGUGGAAGGCGGAGGUCCUUGCCCAUCGCCUGGACGCGGUUGAGAGGGCGGUGGAGAGGAAAGGGGGCUGGCGGUCUGCGGUUUUCCUCGGCAAGAACGGCGGCGAAGUCAACGUGGACGUCGAUGUGGAGCCCUGGCCCGCGGCGGACGGGGUCCUGAUGCUGCAGACCGUGAGGGACGCCCUACACGUUCAGCUCAUGGAGUCCCGGUCAAAGGUGGAGGAACUGGAAGACAUGGCGGCUUUGGUACCGAGCAGCGAGGGGCUUGGAGGUCAUCUCGAGGCUGCCGCCGACCUCCACCGAGCGGUGACGCUUCUCUGGGAAGGGGUCGGCGACGUCCUGAAGUCCCGCGCAGAGAACAGAACGGCCGAGCCACCGGCGGAGCCCCUGUCCUCCCAGGAGCUCACACCGAUGUCGCAAGUACAGGAUAAACCACGCCCCACUGCCUCUGACGUCUCCGAUACCUCUGUCAUCGACAACGCCAUCGCUUCUACUGCCAACGGCGCCGGGGAAAACGACCCGAUCUUGAUGAUGCUCCAGGAUGAGGAGUUCCUAGAGGUACCCAUGCACCUGGAAGACUUGCCCCUCCCGAUCGUUACCAACGCCCUUUCCGUAGACAUCGACAGGGUCACAGCGACAACCAAGUAUGUCGUCGCUGGCGUGCUCCGUCAGCUUUCCGCAGCGGCAGCAGCAGCAGCGGCGACGGCGGCGGCGGCGGCCUCAAGCAAGUAUAGUGCCGCCGAAGCCCACCAACGUCGAGGCACGCUGCCCCAGGAUCCGCCCAACCCGGUGGUACCACCAUCUGCCGUCAAGGCUAGCCUUCCUGCUGCAAACGUUCCGCUUGGGACCCCGACUCCUCAAGAAUUACCGCCCGACGACGAUAUACGGUCGUCCAACAGUGGCCAGGAAGAAUUAUCAGAGCCUGCUUCGGAGAAGGUGUCAGUGGCGGGUAGCGAAGCAGAGAUAGAAGAAACUCCAUCGACGGAAGAUGCGGGCGUGAAUAACGAUUCCGGGCUCCAAGCCGAAGAUGACGCUUCUACGUCGACGACAAGAACGGCAACUUCCGAAGGACUAGAGGACACGACGACGUCGCCAGCGUUGCCUCCAGAACCGAUUCCAGAAGAUGAUGCCUCCGACCACGAAGAGCGCGUCACGCAAGCGGAGGUGGAUGAAGCUUGGGAGCGGGCGAGGGAGAUGGAGGAAACGGCGCGGGGACUACGUGAUGUGGUCGAAGAGCGAGAGGGGGUGAUCGACCUGUUGCAGAGAGAGAUCACGGACCUGAAAACAGCUCUGGCGACAGCGGAUUCCGGAUCGAGGCCUUCGAACACCGUGGAAACCCCUUUUACUGACCCCCAUCUGGAACAAGAACUUCAGAAGGCGAUGGUUGCACUUGGUGAAGAGAGGGCGUUUUUGGCGGACACGACACAAAAGCUGGACACGUCUCUAGAAGAGAGGGAUCGCUUGCUGGACGAGGUGGCAGAGGCAAACAUGAAGGAAAGGCAACUUCAAACAAUGCUGGAUGAGGUUUGCGAGAGGGAGAACCAGCUGGUGGCCCAAAUGACGGAGCUUCAGCAGCUUAAGGCGAGUCAAGUCGCCGGACUAUAAAAUUCCUUGAAUGAUUGGCCUGAUGGGCCAUUAACCUGGCGCUGGCGCGAAUUUUCGGUCGGUGGUCCCUGUCGUUGUCGCGUGCUGCGAUCGCCGCUACAAUCAAGAACGUUGCUGUUUUUCGUUUGCGCUCAAACCGAUUCUGAACAUCCGCCAGACACCUGUUCUCUGCAAAGCGGCAGUAUAUACGGCUCGAUCUACUGCAUUCCAUAGAGACUCGAAGCCAUAGUGUGGUACGGGCUGUAAACACGGAUUGGGAACCUGUUCGGCGCAUCGUUGCAAUAAAUCAACUGCUCAGAAUGUAGAGCCAACAAGCGUAUGGCCCGUUCAUUUUCCUAGAUGUGCCACACCAUGGAAUCAAGCCGAGCUGGCCCAUCGUUGGGCUGAUCAGCACACUCCCACGAUACUGUACUGCCGCUUAUUCAACCAUCUACUCCCAUCAUGACAAUCCUAUCCCUCUCGAGGCAGGCAGCGGAAGGGGCUGCGUUGGAGCAGCUAGACGCGCAGAUAGAGGAGGACUCUGGACUGGACGAACCCGCACUUGAGCAU